CGGCCGUGUCCGAGCAGCCAGCAGGGUGCGCGGCGCCGAGCCGAAGGGGCGGGCUGAGGGGCGGCCCCCGGGAGAGAGCGGCCAGGUGGAGGAGGAGCGCGGAGGCGAGCGCAGCCGCUCGCUCUUCUGCCAGCCGAGGGCCCUGCCAGCGCCACCCCCCAGGCCAUGGAGAAUGAGCUGCCCGUCCCCCACACGUCCAGCGGUGCCAGCGUGGCCAGCAGCCCCAGUGGCUGCAACAGCAGUGGCAGCAGUGGCAGUGGAAGCGGCCGCCCCGCGGGGCCCCAGAUCUCCGUGUACAGUGGCAUUCCCGACCGGCAGACCGUGCAGGUGAUCCAGCAAGCCCUGCACCGGCAGCCAGGCACGGCGGCGCAGUACCUGCAGCAGAUGUACGCGGCCCAGCAGCAGCACCUCAUGCUGCAGACCGCCGCGCUCCAGCAGCAGCACCUGAGCAGCGCCCAGCUCCAGAGCCUGGCCGCCGUGCAGCAGGCCAGCCUGGUGGCCAGCAGACAAGGGAGUUCUUCCGGCAGCAGUGUGUCUGCACAGACCCCCGCCCAGUCAGCCUCGAUCAACCUGGCGGCCGCCCCAGCCGCGGCCCAGCUCAUCAACCGGGCCCAGAGCGUCAACUCGGCCUCCGCCUCGGGCAUCGCGCAGCAGGCGGUGCUCCUAGGGAACACGGCGGCCCCGGCCCUCACGGCCAGCCAGGCACAGAUGUACCUGAGGGCACAGAUGCUCAUCUUCACGCCCACGGCCACCGUCGCUACUGUGCAGCCUGAGCUCGGCACUGGCUCCCCCGCCCGGCCCCCCACCCCUGCCCAGGUCCAGAACCUGACCCUCCGAGCACAGCAGGCCCCAGCGGCAGCAGCCUCGGGGCCGCCCCCCACGCAGCCCGUGCUGCCCAGCGUGGCCCUGAAACCCACCCCCGGUGGCGGCCAGCCUGUGCCUGCCCCGUCCCAGGGCAGAAACACUGCCCAGGGCUCCCCCGCAGGUGCCAGGCCUGGCAUCACCGACAGCGUUGCCGAACCAGCCCGGAAAGGAGAUGGCAGCAGCAGUGUGCCAGGGAGCACAGAGAGCCGGGCUGGGCCCGGCCGCAUGGUGCCCGCAGUGGCGGCCCACCCCCUCAUUGCACCAGCCUACACCCAACUCCAGCCUCAUCAGCUCCUCCCACCACCGGCCUCCAAGCACCUGCAGCCCCAGUUUGUGAUCCAACAGCAGCCACCGCAGCCGCCGCCACCGCCGACCCGGCCAUCUCUCCAGGCCCAGGCCCACCCCCAGCUCCCUCCGGGCCCGUCCAGCUUGACCCUGCAGCCGGGCUCCGAGGCCCAGGCCAUGCCGCUAGGCCCCGUGACCCCCACACUGCCUCUCCAGGGCCCCGCUGCCAGUUUGCACAAGCCCAGCAGUGCGCAGCAGGGCCACCCGCCCAGCCCUGACGCCGGGCCUCACAAUGGAUACCCUGAAGUCCUGCCCCACGCCCCACCGCGCAGGUUCCAGCACGCCUCGGCUGUCAUCUUGCAACUCCAGCCCGCUUCACCAGUGCCCCAGCAGUAUCCUCCCGAUGACUGGAAGGAGGCGGUGGCCGGGGAGAAGAGUGCGCCAGAGACUCGGUCUGGCCCAUCGCCACAUCAGCAAGCCAUCGUCACGGCUAUGUCUGGUGGCCUGCCGGUACCCAAGAGCCCCAACGUCCAGCAGCAGCCCCCGGCUCACGAGACAGGGCAGGGCAUUGUUCAUGCACUGACCGACCUCAGCAGCCCCGGCAUGACCUCAGGGAACGGAAACUCUGCCUCCAGCAUCACCGGCACUGCCCCCCAGAAUGGUGAGAAUAAACCACCACAGGCCAUUGUGAAACCCCAAAUCCUGACGCAUGUUAUCGAAGGGUUUGUGAUCCAGGAGGGGGCGGAGCCUUUCCCGGUGGGACGUUCGUCCCUGCUGGUGGGGAAUCUCAAGAAGAAGUAUGCACAGGGGUUCUUGCCUGAGAAACUUCCCCAGCAGGACCACACCACCACCACUGACUCCGAGAUGGAGGAGCCCUAUCUGCAAGAAUCCAAAGAGGAGGGUACCCCCCUCAAACUCAAGUGUGAGCUCUGUGGCCGGGUGGACUUUGCCUACAAAUUCAAGCGUUCCAAGCGCUUCUGUUCCAUGGCUUGUGCAAAGAGGUACAAUGUGGGGUGCACCAAGCGAGUGGGUCUUUUCCACUCUGACCGAAGUAAGCUGCAGAAGGCGGCAACCACGACCCAUAACCGCCGCCGUGCCAGCAAAGCUAGUCUGCCAACACUUACCAAGGACACCAAGAAGCAGCCCACAAGCGCCGUCCCCCUCUCAGUCACGGCUGCGCUGCAGCUAACACACAGCCAGGAGGACUCCAGCCGCUGCUCAGAUAACUCGAGCUAUGAGGAGCCCUUGUCCCCCAUCUCGGCCAGCUCGUCCACCUCCCGCCGGCGACAAGGCCAGCGGGACCUGGAGCUCCCUGACAUGCACAUGCGGGACCUGGUGGGCAUGGGCCACCACUUCCUCCCAAGCGAGCCCACCAAAUGGAACGUAGAGGACGUCUACGAGUUCAUUCGCUCUCUGCCAGGCUGCCAGGAGAUCGCAGAGGAGUUCCGGGCCCAGGAGAUCGACGGGCAGGCUCUGCUGCUGCUCAAGGAGGACCAUCUGAUGAGCGCCAUGAACAUCAAGCUGGGGCCCGCCCUGAAGAUCUACGCGCGCAUCAACAUGCUCAAGGACUCCUAGGGCCUCAGAGCGGGCCUGGUCCGGGGCACUUCGUGCCCCUGCAGAGCCAGACAGACAUUCCUGAGGGGCCCAGAGGGGGCCCGAUAGGGUAGCUGGAGGGAAGGGGCUCUUCCCCCCCGGGGUGCGGCCGGUGGCAAGGAGGUGAGGAGGCCUCUCCCCAGUGGCUCUCAGGGGCCUUCCUUCCCGCGGGAGGGAGAGGCAGGUGGUGCAGAAGAUGGGGCUUGACGCUUGUAAAUACUGAUAGCACUGGCUUCCUCCAAAGUCCCACUACUCUAGCCCCGCUCCCUUCUCCCUCUCUGUCCCCCACUUUCCAGGGGGUUUAUGGUCAGGGCUCCCCAACCUGAGUUGGGUCACUUCCCAGGGCAGCCGUCAGGCCUAGCAAGCGGCCUGGGAGCCCUUGCCCGCCUGCCUUCCUCCCGCUCCGCUCUCCAGGCCCGGCUCACCCCUGGGCACCAGCUUCUCCCGCUCUAGCCUGUUUGGGAGGCGGGGCUCGCUCCUUCCCUCUACAGACUGACGGAGAGAGAGAAGCUGGGCCCGGCGGGGUCUGCCUGCUGGCCCAGACGCCUUAACGCUGUGUGUGACUGUGUGACUGACUGGGGCCUGGCUCAGGCCGAGGCCCAGGGCCGCUAGGCAUCUCCAGGUGUUUUGUAGCAAACAGCCACUUAGUGCUUUGUCCUGGACUCCACUCGGCCUCAGGAGGGGAGCGGGGAGGAGGAAGGACAGACAGACGCGGCGGUGAGAGCACAGAGGCGAGAGCAGAGAGGCUUUCCUUCCCAGCCUUCAGCAUGUCUCCGAAGCCCCUUCCCUGCAGUGGGAGGCCCCCGACUGCCCUGCUGCUGAUGGGCCGCUGCCCGCCCUGGGGCCUGGCGCGGGUCCCAGAGAACGUCCAGGGGAGAAGAGCAGGAGUGACCGGAGGCAGCGCCCCUGCCCCUGGGGCCCGCCAGCAGGGGCAGCAGCCUCUGCCCUGCUCUGGCCUUCGCGGGGUGCUGGGGCAGGAGCGGGGCUCUCCCUUUCUCAGCUUGUCCUGCUCUCCACUCGUACCCCUCCCCCCCAAGCAGGGUUGGAAAUGAAGGACUUUUUUAACCUUUCGUUUUUGUUUUUUUAAAAAUAAAACUGU